AUGGCCGUGCCCCUAAGGAUUCGUCCCCAAUACAGUGGUCAUUCGACUGGGCCCGCCUCAAAUGAUGGGCGGACAUUGAAGCCUACCUUGCCUCGAGGCGAGUUUUUGAGCCCCGACACAUUUUCCCCCGUCAAUGAAAACGGUAGCUUCGAAUUCGAUCGAGUCCUGAAGAGGGGCAAAGUAUUACGGAGGUCCAAAAAUAAACAUUCCUUCAAAGCAUCGUGGAAGCCGGGAUAUCUCGUUCUGCGACCAAACCUCCUUUCGCUUUACAAAGACGAGGACGAAGCCCAGCUUCGCCUAUCAAUUACUCUAUCCGAUAUAUCGACAGUCGCGCAUGUGAAAGCUCCAAGGUCGAAUCGUCCAAACGUGUUUGGAAUAUUUUCGCCGUCCAAUAAUUAUAGGUUUCAAGCUCCAUCAAAAGAUGACGCAGAAUGCUGGGUAGAGCACAUUCGCCGGGAAUGCUCCGUUGAAUACCCAGAUACUUUCCUCGCGUCCGAUCGCGUCCGAGGAGUAUCAGCGAUAGAUGGAGAGGAGAGUGCUUGGGAGAUGUCAGAUCAUGAUGGCCACCGCCCUGACACUAGGCACUCCACCAGACGUACUGCGACUGCUCCCCGCAGGUCUCAAUUUUUGGAAGUUUCAGGCAAUGAUAUCACCUCCUGUUCAGAGUUUUCAGAUGUGCCACCACAGUCAGGAAGGCACCGCUCCACAGGAUCUCUGCCACGUUACCAACGCCCCUCUCUAUCUCCCGCUGUGCAUAACGGCAAUCGUCCAUCCCUUCACCGCCAUGCCAGUCACCAUAGCGAUAUUGGUUCCACAGCAAUAAACCCAGAGCGGGUGGUAUUCAGUGGCUACCUUUCGUGCCUCAGGGGCAAAAAAGGGGUUCGACAGUGGAAAAAGCUUUGGACCGUUUUGCGGGCGGAAAAAAUAUCAUUUUACAAAAAUGAACAAGAGUAUUCAGCGGUGCAGAUAAUACCCCUGUGCCAGGUGAUUGAUGCUGCGGAUGUCGAUCCCAUAUCUCGCUCAAAGGUCUUUUGCUUCCAGCUCAUCACCGAGGAGCAGGCUUUUAGAUUUUGUGCUCCUGACGAGCAGAGUCUUGAUCAGUGGCUUGGUUCUUUGAAAAGCGUCUUGAUGAGGGAUCACGAAGCUCCGCGCUCUCAACCAAGUGGUCCUACCGUGCGUGACUCAUCAUCUGGGGUGCAGUCAUAA